CUUACGGUUUAUUGUCUGUUCUACCAAAUGAAUACAUGAAAUGAGAGACGCUCUAAGUUGGGCGUCAUAAUGUAGGACAAAAUCUUGCUCGAGGCGGGGAGAAGAAAGGUGGGAAGAGAAUGAACGUAGGGAGACUGUGCGACGGAGAACGCUCAGAGGCCGGUGAAAGGGAAGGAAGGGAUGUCCAGUGGUUGAAAGCUUUAUCCCCCCGUAGAACUGCUGUCGGUUUUCCCUCAUCCUGUGCCUCACAGGACAGAGUGGACCGCCGGCGACAGCUGAAAGGCUCUGGAUCGGAGGCCCCGCACGGACCCGCGCCAAGACCCAACCCUGCGCUGCCCCACCCGGUGACAGGUGGAGCCGCGAGGGCGACCAGGUCCCCGCCUCUUCGCACUGCCUGCCGGGAGCCGGAGACCCUUCCGGUUGCUCCGGGCCACGGAACUCCGACUCCCAUCGGCCCCCGGGAAAACCGCAACGGGGUCACGCGGGCCCUGUCGGAACUCGUAGUUCCGUCUUUGGCCGUGCUUCAUAGCCGGAAGCAGGGACGAACGGAGCCGAGAGCUACCGAGGCUCAGCACCUGUGGAACCUUCUGAAGAGGAACAAUCGUUGUGUGAAGGUUCAAAUUCAGCUGUUAGCAUGGAACUUGCAGAAACUGUUGGUAAGAAAAUUUCUGACCAUAUUAAUACAGUAUUAUGAAACUCUUUCACUCUCAAGAUUUAAGGUGCAAAUUAGAAAAUGGGGAGACAGAAAUGUCCCCAGAAGAAUCAUGGGAGCACAAAGAAGAAAUCAGUGAAGCAGAGCCAGUGGGUGGCUCCUUGGGAGGUGGAAGGCCCCCAGAGGAAGGUGCCCAGGAGAUGAUGGAGGAGGAAGAGGAGAUACCAAAACCCAAAUCUGUGGUUGCACCACCAGGUGCUCCUAAGAAGGAACAUGUAAAUGUAGUAUUCAUUGGGCAUGUAGAUGCUGGCAAGUCAACCAUUGGAGGACAAAUAAUGUAAGUGUUUUCUGUUAAAUAAUAGAGUGAAUUUAAUGGAAUGUUUUGGGCAUUGCAAACAUUCACACAAAGGAGAUAAAACAGGUUACCCCAACUUAAGAAAAAUUAAUAAUAAAAUGACAGUACUUGUAGGGAAAGCUGAUGUUAAGUAAUUUUUGCAGUAUGAUCGUUGUUAGUAUUUUCUGAUGGAAUUUAGGUCUUCUCUAAAAUCUUCUGUCAUCACCACCAGGAACAUAAAUGUAUUUAUGAAAGCUGUCUCUUAGAUUUUUCUAUAAAAAGUAAUACAGAAUCCUAGAUUAUAGGAAAUGUCAGUCUGCUUUGAAUAUAAUUUUCUUGGGAGUAAUGAAAAGCAGUUCUUGAAUUAGGUGCAUGGGGGAAAGAUUUUUCUAAUCCAUCAACUCCUUAAAUUUAUAAUCAAAGAUAGGUGGUUGGCUAACAUGCUGAGAUUAGAAGAUAUGAAAACACCGUGGUUGAUCUUUAGUAAUGUAUUCUAAUAUUGAAAAUCUUUUUAAUUAAAAGGCUUUUCUUUUUUUUUAAUUGAAGUAUCAUUGAUAUACAGUCUUAUAGUUUCAAAUAUACAACACAGUGGUUCAACAGUUACACAUAUUAUUAAAUCCUCACCCCUCUAGUGUGAUUACUGUCAAUCAACGUAGAAAAAUGUUACAUAAUCAUUGAUUAUGUUCUCCAUGCUGUACUAUUCUGACCAAAUUAUAUUGUGAUUGUGAGUUAUUGUAUCCUUUUAUCCCCCUCAGCCUCAUUCCCCACCAGCUUGGUAACCGCUAGUCACUUCUCAGUGUCUGAGUCUACUGCUGUUUUGUUCCUUCUGUUUUGCUUUGUUUUUAUAUUCUACAAAUAAGUGAAAUCAUACAGUAUUUGUCUUUGUCUGGCUUGUUUCCCUGAGCAUAAUACCUUCGAGAUCCAUCCAUGUUGUUGGAAAUGGCAGUAUUUCUUUUCUUUCUAUGGCUGAAUAAUAUUCCAUUAUGUAUAUGUACCACAUCUUCUUUAUCCUAUAGAUAAAUUUAUCUAUCCUUUAUUCUAUUUAAAUUUAUCUAUCUUUUAUUUUAUUGAUGGACACUUAGGUUGCUUCCGUACCUUGGUUAUUGCAAAUAGUGCAGCAGUAAACAUAGGGGUGCAUAUGUCUUUCCAAAUCAGGGGUUUUGUUUUUUUGGGGGGGGUAAAUUACUGGGUCAAAUGGUAUUUCUAUUUUCAGUUUUUUGAGGAACCUCCAUACUGUUUUCCACAGCAAUUGCACCAAUUUACAUUCCCACCAAAGCAUAGGAGGGUUCUCCUUUCUCCACAUCCUCACCAGCAUUUGUUAUUUCUUGUCUUCAGAUAGUGGCCAUCCUGGCUGCUGUGAGGUGAUACUCAGUGUGGUUUUAAUUUGCAUUUCCCUUAUGAUUAGUGAUGUGGAUCUUUGCAUGCGCCUGUUGGUCCUUUGGAUUUCUUCUUUGGAGAAGUGUCUGUUCAUGUCCUUCCCCCAGUUUUUAAUUGGGUUAUUGUUUUUUUGGUAUUGAGGCAUAUGAGUUCAUAUAUUUUGGAUGUUAACACUUUAUCAUAUGGGUCAUUUACAAAUAUAUUCUCCCCUACUGUAGGAUAAGGCCUUUCAUUUUUAAUCCCUCCUAAAUUAGACCCAUUUCUUCUUUUUUUUGUUUUCACAAACCCCAUUACAGUCACUGUCCAUCAGCAUAGUAAGAUGUUGUAGAAUCACUACUUGUCUUCUCUGUGUUGCACAGCCCUCCCCUUUCCCCCACCCCUCACAUUAUACAUGCUAAUCAUAAUAUCCCUUCUUCUUCCCCGCCCUUAACCCUCCCUACCCUUCCAUUCUCCCCAGUCUCUUUCCCUUUGGUAACUGUUAGUCCAUUCUUGGGUUCUGUGAUUCUGCUGCUGUUUUGUUCCUUCAGUUUUUCCUUUGUUCUUAUAAUCCACAGAUGAGUGAAAUCAUUUGGUAUUUGUCUUUCUCCGCUUGGCUUACUUCACUGAGCAUAAUACCCUUGCUUUAGAUUCAUGGUUACCAAAGGUUCCAGGUUAGUUUCCUUACUAUCUAAGAGUCUAACUUAACUCACUUAGUAUGCUGUUACAAACACAGUCUAAAAGUUCUUUUCUAUUUCUCCUCCUUUUUCUUCCUCCUCCAUUCUUUAUAUAUUAGGUAUCAAAUUCUGUACUUUUUGUCUAUCCCUUGAUUGACAUUGGGGAUAGUCAUUUUAAUUUUGCAUUUGCCUCGCUAUCAGCUGCUCCACCGUCCCUACUGUUGUUUUACUACCUCUGGUGACAGCUACCCAACCCUAGGAACACUUCCAUCUAUAGCAGUCCCUCCAAAAUAGACUGCAGAGAUGGUUUGUGGGAGGUAAACUCUCAGCUUUUGCUUACUGGAAAUUGUUUAAUCCCUCCUUCAAAUUUAAAUGAUAAUCUUGCCGGAUAAAGUAUUCUUGGUUCCAGGCCCUUCUGCUUCAUGGCAUUAAAUACAUCAUGCCACUCCCUUCUGGCCUGUAAGGUUUCUGCUGAGAAGUCUGAUGUUGUUAGCCUGAUGGGCUUUCCUUUGUAUGUGAUCUUAUUUCUGCCUCUGGCUGCUUUUAACAGUCUGUCCUUAUCCUUGAUCUUUCCCAUUUUAAUUACUAUGUGUCUUGGUGUUGUCUUCCUUGGGUCCCUUGUGUUGGGAGAUCUGUGGAUCUCCAUGGCUGAGAGACUAUCUCCUUCCCCAGAUUGGGGAAGUUUUCAGCAACUACCUCCUCAAAGACACUUUCUAUCCCUUUGUCUCUCUCUUCUUCUUCUGGUGCUCCUAUAAUGCAAAUAUUGUUCUGCUUGGAUUGGUCACACAGUUCUCUCAAUAUUCUUUCAUUCUUAGAGAUUCUUUUUUCUCUCUGUGCCUCAGCUUCUUUGUAUUCCUCUUCUCUAGUUUCUAUUUCAUUCAUUGUCUCCUCCACCAUAUCCAACCUGCUUUUAGUACCCUCCAUUGUGCUCUUCAACGAUUGGAUCUUUGACCUGAAUUCAUUCCUGAGUUCUUGAAUGUCUUUCCAUACCUCCAUUAGAAUGUUGAUGAUUUUUAUUUUGAAGUCCCUAUCCAGGUAAGGGGUCCAUGGUGGGGGCAAGGGACGUAGGCUACCUCUUGCCGAUGUGCUUAUCGCUUGUGUUUUCUGUUGGAAUUCUUGGAUCCCUGAUCCUGCACCAGUGGAAAAGGACCUCAUCAGGGAGGCUACUACCAGAGACUGCUUCUCUGGGUGCCAUACCCUGUGGAGGGCCAGGCCAACAGAACCCUGGGUGCUUCAACAGGGCUUCCCAGGCUGGGUUCCUUGGGAGGCAGGAGGCCACCUGGCUUUCCAGUGGCUUGGGAGAAGUUCUGCCAGAAAUGGCUCCUCAGUGGCACCUGACUGCCAGCGAGGUCACAACUUUCUUGUGCUUAUUAGCCUGUUUUUUUCCCAGAGAGGAAGGGACCACACCCUGUUAGGCAGGAAAAUAGAUAUGAGUGGGAUGGAAAGAGAAUAAGGCCAGGAAAAAGCCCACUAAAAAUGACCCAGAGUGGAUCAGUUAAAGCUCAAAAAGCCUGGAGCAACUUGACCUGGAAUGUUUGAAUAUUCCCCAGAGAAAGGAGGAUAUGUCAGCAUAGCCCAUGGCUUUAUUGUGUUAAUCAUGCAGGCCCAGCUUAUUUUUUUGACUUAACCUACAUGCUUUUUUUUUUUCUCCUUUGGCCCUAAUCAAGUAGUUUGCAGUCUGGGCAAUUAAUAAUGGCAAGUAAGCCCAGCAUAAACAACAUAGUCACAGGCAGGAAGGAUUUCAUCUUAAAAAUAAGAUUGUGUUUUAAUACCCAGGAAGUUGAGAAGAUUCUUAACUUACUCUUUAGCAAACAGACAAUAACUCGGCCCACCCUGGGGGCAGGGGAAGCAGUCUUGUUUGAUAUGCUCCCAGACCAAGAAGGCUCAGCUCCCAGGGAGAAAUCACAGCAGGAAGUUGCUUGUGUUAAGUUAGUUCUAAGUAUUAUUCAGAGACCACCUAACAGCUCUGCAACCCCAGCCCUUAGUCACAUUCCUGAAGAAUCCUUAAAAGGGGGAACCCGCAAGCUCUCAGGGUGCUCCUCUCCCUGAGGUCGCCUGCACUUCCUAAGUGCAUAACCUUUUCACUUUAAACUUUCUUUUCAACCUUUCAGGGUGCUGUCUCUCUCUGAAGUUGCCUGCACUUUUUCUGUAAGUAACUUUAAAUAAAACUUUUCCUCUGCUUCA